GGUGAAGGAGGGUGGCGAGUCCUCAUGUUUCUCUCCACCAGUAACAAACCACAUCUAAACCGGGACGCCCCAAUACUGGUAAAGCUAGCUACUGCUGAUGUCAAACUCGAGAUCCAGAUUGUAUACACCAAGCUGGUCGUGUCGGCGAAACAAUCAAGUGGGCGUGCCCGUCUGGUGUGUCUGUGAGGAACAUUAGUCUAUAUCACCAAAUACACCAGGGUCCCCUGACCUGAAGCCUGUUCAUAUCUGAUGCUCUUUCAAAAGAGAGAGUACCACCGCACUGUGGCUGGAGAUUUUGUUUUAAGGAAGAGAACCCCCCCCACCGUUUGGAAAAGGGUCUCCUGGAGAAUGCUUUGGGGAUGACCUGCUGGAAGAGCAGCACCUUGCUGGACUACCCGUGUGACUCCAGAGAACCAUCUUCCGUCACCACCUCUGUCCUUCUACAAGUCCUAUAGAGAGCCCCAGGAUUUAGAGCGUAAGCGUUGUCGGGGGGGUGGGGAGGGCAGGGGGCUGGUGGAUGGGUUAAAGGCACAUAUCCCUGUCUGCCAGAGAGCCACCCACCCACACUGAUGGUGUCCCCUGCCUAUGUUGCUCCCACCACCCCUUGGCAAUGGUGACAUGAGUACGUAAUGUGGAGGAGCCUAUUGUAUUUUUGAGGAAGAAUCUCUACCACCUACCAUUACAUUCGGAUUGUUUUCGCCGUACACUCUGGGACUGAGUCUGUGCGGGGUGAUGUUGCUGCCGUCAUGCGGUCGCCUCCGGCGGCUCUUCCGUCAGUCUCACUCCCUCACUCUCCAGACCAGCCUCCUGCUCCUCUUCCUCUUCUGCAUGGUGAGCGUCCUGGUCUCCGCCUACUUCCUCUACGGAGUCAAGCGGGAGCUGGAACCGGCGGCGGGGGGCAUGGGAGGGCCGGAGGAGGGCACUGCUGACUGGGACGACCGCCGUGCCGCCACACCCUCCACCUCCUCCCGGGCGCUCCCUGCACACACGGCCAGGCCCUCAGAUGUAUUGCGCACUGACCCUGUGGUGCUGGUGUUUGUGGAGAGCCUAUACUCCCAGCUGGGACAGGACAUUGUGGCCAUCCUGGAGUCUGGCCGCUUCCUCUACCGAACCGAGAUGGCCCCGGGAAAGGGGGACAUGCCCACCCUGACAGACAAGGACAGAGGCCGUUUCACGCUGGUCAUCUAUGAGAACAUCCUGAAGUAUGUCAACCUGGACGCUUGGAACAGAGACCUGCUAGACAAGUACUGUGUGGAGUAUGGAGUGGGCAUCAUAGGCUUCUUUAAGGCCAAUGAGAACAGCCUACUUAGUGCCCAGUUGAAGGGCUUCCCCCUCUUCCUCCAUUCCAACCUGGGCCUGAGGGACUGCAGUGUCAACCCCAAGUCCCCCCUGCUCCUCAUCACUAAGGCCCGGGAGGUGGAGCGAGGCCCCCUACCCGGAGAUGACUGGACUGUCUUCCAGUCCAACCACUCUACCUACGAGCCUGUUCUCUUAGCCAGGACCCGGGUACCUGACCUGGGCAUGUCUGGGGUGGGUAGCAGCCCCCUCCAUGCCUCUGUUGUCCAGGACCUGGGGCUUCACGACGGCAUCCAGCGGGUGCUCUUCGGCAACAACCUCAACUUCUGGCUGCACAAGCUGGUGUUUGUGGACGCUGUGGCCUUCCUUACGGGCAAGAGGCUGUCUCUGUCUCUAGAUCGCUACCUGCUGGUGGACAUCGAUGACAUCUUCGUGGGCAAGGAGGGCACCCGCAUGAAGGUCUCAGAUGUCAAGGCCCUACUGGAGACCCAGAAUGACCUCCGAACCUCCGUCCCCAACUUCACCUUCAACCUGGGCUUCUCUGGGAAGUUCUUCCAUACUGGUACAGAUGAGGAGGACCUGGGGGAUGACCUGCUCCUCUCCUAUGGGAAGGAGUUCUGGUGGUUCCCCCACAUGUGGAGUCACAUGCAGCCCCACCUCUUCCACAACCAGUCGGUGCUAGCUGAACAGAUGCUCCUCAACAGGAGGUUUGCACAGGAGCAUGGCAUCCCCACCAACAUGGGCUACGCGGUGGCUCCCCACCACUCUGGGGUGUACCCCGUCCACGUCCAGCUGUACGACGCUUGGAAGAAGGUGUGGGGCAUCAAGGUGACCAGCACGGAGGAGUACCCCCACCUCAAACCUGCCCGCUUCAGACGAGGCUUCUACCACAGUGGCAUCAGUGUGCUGCCGAGGCAGACGUGUGGCCUGUUUACUCACACUAUCUUCUACAACGAGUAUCCUGGAGGACCCAAGGAGCUGGACAAACUCAUCAAUGGAGGGGAGCUCUUCCUCACAGUGCUCCUCAACCCGAUCAGCAUCUUCAUGACCCACCUGUCCAACUACGGGAACGACCGUCUGGGUCUGUACACCUUUAGGAACCUGGUGAAGUUCCUCCAGACAUGGACUAACCUGCGGCUGCAGACCCUGGCGCCUGUGCAGCUGGCCCAGCGUUACUUGCAGAUCUUUCCAGAGGAGAGGGACCCCAUCUGGCAGGACCCCUGUGAGGACAAAAGGCACAAAGACAUCUGGUCCAAAGAGAAGACAUGCGACCGAUUCCCUAAGCUGCUCAUAAUUGGACCACAGAAGACAGGCACCACAGCCCUUUAUCUGUUCUUGGGGAUGCAUCCUGAUCUGACCAGUAACUACCCCAGCAAGGAGACCUUUGAGGAGAUCCAAUUCUUCAGUGGCCACAGCUACCACAGAGGCAUCGACUGGUACAUGGAGUACUUUCCACUACCCUCCAACACCAGCUCAGACUUUUACUAUGAGAAGAGCGCCAACUACUUUGACUCGGAGGUGGCUGCACGGCGGGCGGCUGCCCUUCUGCCCAAGGCCAAAAUAAUCACCAUCCUCAUCAACCCUGCAGACAGGGCAUACUCAUGGUACCAGCACCAACGUGCCCAUGAUGACUCAGUCGCCCUGAAGUAUACUUUCCAUGAUGUCAUCACUGCUGGCCAUGACGCCCCCAUCAAGCUGCGGGUGCUCCAGAACCGCUGUCUGGUGCCGGGGUUCUACGCCACCCACCUGGACCGCUGGCUUAGCCACUACCACAUCAGCCAGAUCCUGGUUCUGGAUGGUCAGGUGCUGAGGACAGAGCCUGCUGCAGUGAUGGACAAGAUCCAGAAGUUCCUUGAGCUGACAAACACACUGAACUACCACAAUAUUCUAGCGUUUGAUCCCAAAAAAGGGUUCUGGUGCCAGUUGUUAGACGGAGGAAAGACCAAAUGUCUGGGCAAGAGUAAAGGACGGAGAUACCCCGACAUGGACACAGAUUCUCGCUCCUUCCUUAGGGAGCACUACAGGGACAACAACAUAGAGUUGUCCAAGCUGCUCUAUAAGAUGGGCCAGCCUCUGCCCAGCUGGCUCAGGGAGGAGCUGCUCCACACCAGGUAGCCUCAGCACGGCCGUAGACACGAGGACAGAGACACCACCCCAACCUGACCCUUCUGUCCCCCACAGAGGGGGAUGCACGUGCUCGCCCCUCGGCUCCAGCUAUUCACCGCCAUGCGGACUGACCAGGAGCUGAGGAAGGCAGGAGAGACAGGCCCCCCCAUGCCAAGUCAGCCCAGCUGUUCCCAGUGGCCCCCAGGGACCCUAGCAUGGGGUGUGGGCCCUCAGGAGGGAGAAGAGGCAAAGGUGAAGGAGAGACAUGAACUGAGUUUAGGAUUGUUCUACUUCCUUCUCAGAGAGAAUGACGCUGGGGCAAAGAGAGAAGAGGGAGGGAUCCCUCAACGGGGACUGAUGUUAUUGUUCCAUCACUGAAGUUUGCACUCUCUCAGACAGACGGAGACAGACAAGGAAGACGACGUCAUUUCUCUGUGCCUGUCAUGAACAAUACAUUAGCCAAUAAUGGAUAUUCAAGUGCCAGAGUGGAAUGUUCAUUUGAAAGUAUUUCUGAAUUUAUAUUUUCAUAAUUAACACUCAUAUACUGCUGGAUGUCUGUAUUUGUUUCCGAGGUGUUGUGGUUGCACAACGCAUCUGUCGAGCCUUGUAUGUUCUUUUUAACUGUUCCAUGUUUUUAAUCUGUGUUCAUCUGAAAACCUAACUGGAGCCCAUGUAUUGCUACCACAUACCACACUGACCCUUGACCUUUAUCAACUCAAAUUACAUUUGGUUGUCUGAGACCUUCAAUUGAAUGAAUUCACAGUGGAUUAAAAACAGUCAAAUCCAUAAUGAUAUACGAGACAAGCUGGCCUUGCCUUGGUCAGUGGAAUGUUCCCGCUUGUCCUUGGUUGUAACUUCCUUUAAUAAUGAAAUAUUGAAACCCAUUCCUAAAUACAGCUGAUCCUACCAUGUCUGUAGAGUACACUGCACACUGAACGUAAAUGUGACAUGAGAAAUGUAGCUGCAUGUUAAAUAGCUUUCAGGUAGACAUUGCAAUUUAUCACUGAGGAGAUGCGCAUCAUCAUCGCCAUCCGAUGUGUUACUGUACCGAGCAGAUCUCUUUGUUUCCACUAGUGAUGGCAGAGCAAGUGGAGCAUGAUGUUGACUGGGUUUUUUUACAUUUAUUUUGACAGCAGGUUAAUGUUAUAAUCCGCAUAAUAAUUCACAUUUCCUAUUACUGACGGAUUAUUUUCUGGCUCAAAUUAAGAUCCUACAUCUGUAAAUUUGCAGUAAUGCGCCUCUUAUAUUUGCACUUCUCAUUCUUAUCAAAUGCCUUACCAAUUUAAGACUAAAUUCAGUUUUGAAUUAUUGAUUAAAAACAUUAAGCACUACAUUUUUAUUUAGCAUUUAUUUUGACAGGGAGUCGAUGUUGAGACCAAGGUCUAUUUAACAGAUGAGCCUUGUAUAGCACAACAAUACACAUCAAAAUACAAUAUGCACCUUAAACGUCACAUUCAUAUACACAACAAUACACGUUAAGUAAACUGACACAUUCUCCAGUAAAAAGGUCCCCUAACAACUGCCUGAAAGGCCCUAGAGCAGGCCUGGGCAAUCCCAGUCCUCGGGAGCCUGAUUGGUGUCACACUUUCCCCCAUCCCUGGGAAACACAGCUGAUUUAAACUAAUUGCAUUCUAAACUGAAGAUCUUUAUUAUUGGAGUCAGGUGUGUUGGCUGGGGGAAAAGUGUGACACAUCAGGCCCCCGAGGACUGGAAUUGCUCAGGCCUGCCCUAGAGGCACCAAUUCCUCCCAUGUUAAAGUGUAUUGUAGAACAUUCCACGUGUAAGGUACAACAAAAUUAAAAGCAGGUCUCCCCAACUCAGUGGAGAUGGAAGGGAUCGCCAGAGUUCUCCAUCCCUGAGUCAGGUAGCCCGUACAUCUAUAUGUUAUUAAUGAGGUAAGGACUCCUGGUCUUUCCCAACUCAACUCAAGCUAAAUCCCCACCUGAUUUGUUCCUCCUACUGUUCCUGUAAAAUUGGGCUAUGUGAGAGAAUAGAAUGGAAGGUUUUCUGUUGAUUUAUUCCACUGAGGAAGUCUACUGGUUCCCUUAGCCAUAAUGUCCUAGUUAACAGUUAGACAACAUCACAGUCUCCCCUUUCACCUACAGUAGAAUGACUUGGCCACAUGCUAAAUCCAACACAGGAUGUUGAGGAUCGUCAGUCAACAGCGACAUGUCUCUAGCUCGGCAGCCUUUAGCUGCAGUGGUGAAGUUGAUGUAGUAUUUAGUAUGCCCUUUGAACCGAAGCCUACUGGGUCAGUUGAUAGUGUAAAUGGACGCCUGUAAGAAGUGGUCCUUAUCUGUCCCUGUAUGCUGGCUCUUAGAGGUUCACUCUCUGUCCCGUCAUCCUCGUGGUUUAUUUAUCACCACAGCUUGUGGUCCUAGCUCAUUUCAAAGAGUCCAAUCAGGAGAGUUUUAGUGUUCUGCAAAGACUUGGGCGAAAAUGAAAGGAGGUGGAAUUGGAUUUUGACGCUGUAAAAUGAAGCAUUCUGAGGAGCUGGUGUUUUCUGUACAGGACACACAGGGCUUUCUUUUCUCCAGUUAUUAGUCAAGGUUAGAGGAAUGUGAACUCGCAUCGUUUCAUCUGUUAGUUGCUAUACAGAUACAAAGCAUCUAAACAUAUAUGGGGGUUUAAUGACAUUUCUUUAUUGUAUUACAGUUCCAGUAUGUACAGACACGAUGUCCUCUGAAUCCGUUCUCUCCCAGAAGCACUGUAUAUAUUCCUCAACACGAGGUGUUAGAAGGUUCUGCUACAACUUUCCUGUUAAGGAGAACAGUCCUUGUUUGUGGUAGGAAUUUUGCAGGGCUCUAUUUUCUAUUUUGUAUUACUUGGACUCUUGUAAGGAAGUGUGUGGACUUACGAGUCCAUUCUAGAUGAAUUGUAUGUAAGGUACUGAAUCAUGCACCCUGUGUGGUGAUACACGGAUGCACAAAUGCUGCUCUCAUUUCAAUUUCCUCGAGGAGCUGUAAUAUAUUCACGUUUCCUUUUUUUUGUCUUGAGCCGUUUUACAACUUCCUGUGACUUGAGCCAUUUUACAAUGCAAUAUGUGGUACAAGUGUUCUGGUUCCAAGUAUCAGGGAGGGUGUUGUUGUUCCAGCCUAUACAUUACAGUCAGGAGAUGAGCCCAGCACAUCUCAUGUCUGGGCUGUUCCUUCUUUACCCCAACCCAGCAAAUGUCCUAGUGUUGUACUUUCAAAGAUUCUGUAUGACAAUUUAUGAGUAGUAAUUGUUAAUUAGCUAUAAGGAAAUAAUCAUCUGGACUGUACAAUCAACCAAUUGUUAAUUUUUUUUAAAAUUGUUGGUAGCUAAUAUUUUUGUGAUUUUUAAUUUACAAAUAAAGAAACCACUGUUUUUUAAA